CUAAUUGAGACAGGGAGACAAACCCACAUUAGUGGAUGCCCUUUUCCUUAACGCGAUUUGUGCUAAAGAUCCCCUUUUCCUUUCUCUUUCUUUCUGUCCCAUUUUUCUAGUAUAUAUUUAAGCACUUGAAACUUCAUUUAUAUCCUCACGGCAAACCCUUUUCACCUCGCUUCUCUCCUUUGGCCCUCCUCUGGUUUCUGUUCGUUUUCCUUCUGCAAAUGACAAUGGCUACUUCAUUCUUGCUUGUUUGUACCUUACUGGUCACUGGGUGUGCUUUAGGUCCUAAAACUUUUGUUUCAGCAAAGAGAGGUGUUAGACCUUAUGGUUCAACAAAAAUCGCUGCUAAACCUUUUGAAGGAUACCUUGAAAAUGGCAACUUUGAGGAACAGCCAAAACCAACAGACAUCAAGAAAACAGUACUUCAAGGAAAAUAUGCACUUCCUAAAUGGACCAUCAGCGGUUUAGUCGAGUACAUCACUGGGGGGCCGCAACCUGGUGGCAUGUUUUUCCCCGUGGCUCACGGUGUCCAUGCCGUGAAGCUUGGCAAUGAGGCCUCAAUUUCUCAAACCAUACCAGUAAAACCCGGCACCCUUUAUGCACUGACAUUUGGUGCAUCAAGAACUUGUGCACAAGAUGAGGUGUUGAGAGUCUCAGUGCCUACCCAGUCAGGGGACCUCCCUUUGCAGACCUUGUACGGUAGCUAUGGCGAUGAUGUUUAUGCUUGGGGUUUUAUAGCCAAAUCCAAGUAUAUUACAGUAACAUUCCACAACCCUGGCGUUCAAGAGGAUCCCACCUGUGGUCCACUGUUGGAUGCAGUUGCUAUUAAGGAGCUUGUCCGUCCAAUGCCUACAAGAGGUAAUCUGGUCAAGAACCCAGGCUUUGAAGAAGGUCCUCAUCGCCUAGUAAACUCUACAAAUGGUGUCUUACUCCCUCCUGGCCAGGAGGAUUCAACAUCCCCGCUGCCAGGCUGGAUCAUCGAAUCACUUAAAGCUGUGAAGUUCAUUGAUUCAAAGCACUUCAACGUCCCUGCUGGAAAGGCUGCAGUUGAGCUUGUUGCAGGGAGAGAAAGUGCCAUUGCCCAGAUCCUCAGAACUGUCCCCAACCAAUUAUAUGACCUAACGUUCAUCAUUGGAGAUGCUCGGAAUGGUUGCCACGGAGAAAUGAUGGUGGAGGCAUUUGCUGACAAAAAUACCGUCAAAGUUCCCUUCACAUCUCGUGGAAAGGGUGAAUUCAAGACUGCAAAGUUGAAGUUCAAAGCAGUUACAGCCAGGACAAGGAUCAUAUUCUUCAGCUCUUACUACCACACAAGGAUUAAUGACUUUGGAUCACUUUGCGGCCCUGUUCUGGAUGAAGUUCGGGUUUCCCCUGUUGCUUAGAUGCCUAGUUUUAUCAGCACCAUGGCUUUUAAUUUAAGUAAAGGAUUUUGCAACCGGAUAUUUGGUUUCACAUUUGUAUAUUUUUAACCGUUGGUGAGGCACCCUUCCGGCUGUCUAAACCAUAAGGAGAAUACUGUGGCUAGUUGUCCUUUUUUUUCUUCCUUGUUCACCUUCAUCUGUUGUCAGGAUUCAGCAUAUGGAUAAUACACAAAACUAUUUACUGGUA